AUGCCGGGCGCCAGCGACAAGGCGCGCUUCUACCUCGAGCAGUAUGUCCCGGAGCUCCAGGAGUACGAGCGCAAAGAAAUCUUCACCGCGGAAGAGAUCAAGGCCAUCGCAGCAAAGCGCAGCGACUUCGAGCACACCAUCAACGCCCGCGGCUCGAAGCCUAGCGAUUAUAGCAAGUAUGCGACAUACGAGAUGACUUUGGACAAACUAUGCAAGAAGCGUUGCAAGAGAUUAGGUGUGAAAAGUACGACGUUCAGCGGGCAAAGGACGGUCUUCUUCAUUCUGGACCGUGGGACGAAGAAGUUUCGUGGUGAUAUGGGACUCUGGAUGCAGUAUAUCCAAUUCUGUCAACGGGAGAAAGCGAACAAGAAACUCUCGAAGGUGUUCACGAGCGUGAUGAGGCUGAAGCCGAGGGAAUGGAGUCUGUGGGUGCUGGCAGCGAGGCACUAUGCCGAAGCACUAGGAGACAUGAAUACUGCGCGCUCGUACAUGCAGAGAGGGCUGAGGUUUUGCAAGGAUGAGCGAAAGUUAUGGCUCGAGUACAUGAAGCUGGAGAUGGCGUAUCUGGCAAAACUUGCGGCACGGAAGAGGAUCCUGGGACUGGAUGAAGAGAUGAAGGACGCCAAUGCUGAGCAACCGGAGGAAGAUGACAACAUGAUGGCAUUGACAACCGUGAAUGCAGAAGACAUCGAUGCGGAUGCACAGAAGGGUAUUGAGGAGGUCGACGACGAUGCUCUGAAGAGGUUGGCCGCCGCACCUGCCUUGAACGGCGCCAUUCCAGUUGCGAUCUUCGACGCUGCUAUGAAGCAGUUCAGCAAUGACCCCGCCUUUGCUGAGGACGAAUUCGACCUUUGCGCCACCUUCGACAAGGUACCUUCUACCAGAACUAUCCUCCAGCACAUCCUCCAUCACCUGCAGAAGCAUGCCUCGCAGUCCGCCGAAACUGUCAUUUGUGAAGCGAAGAUGCCACUUUGCGGCAUUUCGGUGGACUCGGAAGAGUUCCCUGCUGCGCUCGGAUAUGGCCUGUCAACGAUCAAGAGUGGGCAAGCUCAGAUCAGCCCACCGGUUCUCCCCAAAUUGGCCGGGGGAGCGGUGGCCAUGCUCAUGCCUUACCUGCGGGUGCGAGAUGAGGUUGACGAAGAAGUUGUGACAGUCUUGGAGGCGAGUGUUAAGCGGUACCUUAAGAUGCUAGCCCAAGCAGGCAAUGAGAGUCUGCGGUCCAGGAAGGAUCCGGUCGUGGCAUUGACUGACAAGCUACGAACCAAAGGACUGGAAGCAGACGCAAAAUUGGUCGAGACGUACGCAAGCACGCUGCAGGCGCGAUGA